AGUGUUUCCCGCGAAUCGUCCCGCGGCGUCUGGAGAGUCCCGUGUGGCGCCCCCAUCAGGCAUGACUCAGAGUAACGGAGAGACGCGUCUGCAGCGCAGCAGAGUACAGCAGCUGCGGGACGGCUUCACAGAGCGCUCGCAGAGGGCGCGAAACACCGUACAGAGCAUCACCACCAAUGACGUCAAAGGCUUCUUCAGGCGGAAUGCCUUCGUCAUCCUCACAGUCGCUGCCGUCAUCAUCGGUAUAAUUUUGGGAUUCGGACUGCGGCCGUAUAAAAUGUCUUAUCGAGAGGUGAAGUACUUCUCCUUUCCCGGAGAGCUGCUGAUGAGAAUGCUGCAGAUGCUGGUGCUCCCCCUGCUGGUGUCCAGUUUAAUCACAGGUACUGCGUAUGGCGCCCUGGACAGCCGAGCUUCAGGGAAGAUGGGCGUGAGAGCCGUGAUUUACUACACCACCACCACCAUCAUCGCUGUGUUCAUCGGGAUCAUCAUGGUGCUCAUCAUCCACCCGGGAAGAGGCUCUAAAGACGAAUUCACCAAACAGGAGAAGAUCGAACAAAUCAGUCCAGCAGACGCCUUCCUCGAUCUCAUCAGAAACAUGUUUCCUCCUAAUUUAGUGCAAGCUUGCACACAACAGUUUAGAACGCAGUAUGCCAAGCGAGUGGUCACUGUUAAAGUUUUAGUGAACGAGACGCUGUUCAGUUUGAGCAACGGCUCGCAGGAGCUCAAACGUGAAGAGGUGAUACCAGUGCUGGGAACGGUUAACGGAGUCAACGCGCUCGGACUCGUGGUGUUCUCCAUGUGUUUUGGCCUCAUCAUCGGGAACAUGAAGGAACAGGGUCAGCCGCUUCGGGAUUUCUUUGACUGUCUAAAUGAGGCCAUCAUGAGGCUUGUUGCCAUUAUCAUGUGGUACGCUCCUCUCGGUAUAUUGUUCCUGAUCGCAGGAAAGAUCGUCGAAAUGGACGAUCUAUCAGAAAUGGGAGGCCAGUUGGGGAUGUACACCAUCACCGUCAUCAUUGGCUUACUGAUACAUGCAGUCAUCGUGCUGCCGUUGCUUUACUUCCUCGUGACGCGUAAAAAUCCAUUUGUGUUCAUCGCUGGACUUCUGCAAGCCCUCGUCACCGCUCUCGGUACCUCCUCCAGCUCUGCCACUCUGCCCAUCACCUUUAAGUGUCUAGAGGAGAAUAACCAUGUGGAUAAACGUGUAACCCGUUUUGUGCUGCCUGUUGGAGCCACCAUAAACAUGGAUGGCACUGCUCUUUACGAGGCUCUGGCUGCCAUCUUCAUUGCACAAGUCAAUGACAUGGAUUUGAACUUUGGACAGAUCCUAACCAUCAGCAUCACAGCAACAGCAGCCAGCAUCGGUGCAGCUGGGAUCCCUCAGGCUGGCUUGGUUACCAUGGUGAUAGUGCUGACCUCUGUAGGACUGCCCACUGAUGACAUCACUCUAAUCAUCGCAGUUGAUUGGUUUCUAGAUCGGCUGCGCACCACCACAAACGUUUUGGGCGACUCCAUUGGUGCUGGCAUUGUGGAGCACCUGUCACGUCACGAGCUGCGCAACACCGAUGCCGAGAUCGGAAACUCUGUGGUGGAGGAGAACGAGACCAAGAAGUCAUACCAGCUCAUCUCUCAGGAGAGCGAGUGCGAGAAUGCCAAGAUCCCUGACAGUGAGACCAAAAUGUAGCUGCCCCGUUUCCUGAGGAAAAACUGGAGUUUUUGUACAAACACUAGUGACUAGUGAUUCAUCUCAAGUCUUUUUGUAUGCCUGUCAAAGACAUCCAAAUGUGAUGAGGUUCAAGCAGAGAUGGACACGCGCGGUCUCCUUUGAACUCUUUUAUUGUAGAUUAAUAGAUUUGAUUGCCUUAGACGUACGUCUUUGUUGAUUUUCUAGAUGCAGGUUCGUUUUCGUUAAUUCAAGAGAAAAACCCAAUGUCAUUAGGGAAAUCAUGUUGACUGUGAUUCUUCUGCUUGGGCUGGGAUAAAUAAGCAAAUUGAUUUCAGAUCAUUUUGAAAAAAGAGCUAGUUAGAAAGAAGCAUUUUCAAACUGGUUGUUAUGAAACACAUGGGACGUUUUGGCAGCUCAAGUUGGAAAGUGAUGCUGCGAGUCCAGAAACAACAGUGUAUUGCUACACAACUACAGAAGCCUUUAUAAGUGAAAAUAAGCGGGAAUCUGUGAAGCCGCUCAGACCAUGCAUGAUUUGUUAUUUCAUAGAUGCAAACUAUGCCCUAACUAUACCCCUUAAGUACAGUCCAACAAUUAAUUAGUUGUAAUAGUCAUUUAGAAUAAAUAAAAAAGCAAGACACAAAGACAAGAGAGUGGAAAGGGAUAUAAUGGUCAUUUUAUGUCAUUUUCAUUUUAAAAGUCUUGGUUUUAUGCAUGUUGUCAUGGAAAAUGAGUCUUUAAAGUGAAUUUUACAGCACGGCUAUUUUUGAAAGCGGUCUUUAUGACCUUUUUCCACAUGUGAUGUGUUUGCAUCCCUGUUUUGAAAAACUGUACAUUCAACUGAUGUAAUCAUCUUAUUUCAAGACUUUUAUAGAUGACUGUCGGUUUGAACGAAAUAAAGAAAUCUAUUAAUAAAAAAA